ACGACUCUAGAGUACACUGUUGCUCUUGAUAAUCGACUUCAAGAUGGUUUCCCUCACUAUCACCUGUCCUGGGAAACCUACCAUCCAUCUAGACUUUCCCUCCAAACCUCCAGGCGCGAUAACAGUAGCCGAUAUCAAAUCUGCUAUUCAAGCGAAAUUUCCAAAGUUCGUCCCCGCUAGACAACGACUGACGGCACCUUCCCCUGCUGGACUUAAACCUGUUCCUCUAGUGGAUGAAAGCAAGUCUUUGGACGAUUAUGGGGUAGGCGAGGGAGGUCAGUUGAAGUUGAAAGAUUUGGGGAGACAAGUGGGAUAUAGGGUUUUAUAUCUUUGGGAAUAUGCUGGACCAGUGUUUUUGGUACCGAUUUGGUUGAGAUAUUCUUAUCUUCUUUGGGGAAAAUAUGAACAGUCUUCUCUUCAAAUUGCCGUGGAACGGAUCCUCGUCCUACAUUUUCUCAAACGUUUUCUCGAAUCUGCAUUCCUUCAUUCCUUCUCCCGUGCCACACUGCCCUUAGCAUAUGUCUUCCGCAACUCUCUGUAUUACUGGGGAGUAUGCGGUUUAUUAAUCCCCCUCACACUGUUUCGUCCAGCAUAUGGGAACGACGGAUUGGUAGGUAAAUGGGCCUUGCUCAAUUCUCCUGCAUGGGUAGGAGGAUGGAGUAUUUUCAUCUUGAUCACCGAGCUACUCAACUUCAACGCCCAUGUUCAUCUUCGAUCUCUCCGUCAACCACCUGGCAAACCUCGCAAAUACCCCACUGGCUUCGGUUUCGGUCAUGUGGUCUGUGCGAAUUACUUUUUCGAAACUCUCGGCGUUUGUGCAUUGGUCAUCAUGACAGCUGGUGAUUUUGGUACCAUCGUUUAUCUCUCCAUUGCGACUUUCUUCAUGCGACUUUGGUCUUCACAGAAGUACGCAAGAUACAAGAAAGAAUUCAACCCGAAAGUCUUUCCUGGGAAAAGGUGGAAGAUGUUUCCUUUGGUUUACUAA